AUGGAGAGAGACUAUUCAUUCGUUCGAGUACAAAAGAUUCGUCGUUCUUCGCUCACUAGUGCAUCAAAAUCAAAUGUUGGAUCAGUACGAAUGAAUAGUAGAGAUCGUCUGUUCAAAUUCAAUAACGAAAAUCAGAAGUAUCGUUAUCGGAUUGAUUCUAAUAACCAAUUGGCAUCAUCUUUUUCCAAACGGGAAUCUCAACGUAUUCGUCCACUGGCAAACCCGUGUAAGCCCCAACUAGGCUCAGCAAAACAAUCGACCGAAUAUAAGAAGAAUAGUCGUAGACAUGAUCUAUUUUCGUCUAAAAUUGAUAUUCCAAGUCGAAACAACUCGAAGAAGACAAACUGGAACUCCCAGUGUACUCGUCGUCGAUGUUGUUGCCUCUUAGCAGCUCUACUGCUGUUUCAACUUCUUGCAGGAAUGAUCACCGCUAUGACUAUCAUGGGCAUGCAACUGAAAAAUCAAACAACUUACGGCUCGACAGUAACAACAACGCGCACAACAUCAACAACACAAACAACAACAACAAGUUCAUCAUCGAGUUCAUCAAGUACAAGCAGUACGUCUUCUACAAGCAGCUCGACAACAAGUACAAGCAGUACGUCUUCUACAAGCAGCUCGACAACAAGUACAAGCAGUACGUCUUCUACAAGCAGCUCGACAACAACGACCAGUACAUCAACUACAACAGCAUUUGAUUCUUGUAAUUAUCUUCGAUGGAAUCAAACAGGAACCAUCGUCGCAGGUACAACAUUAGCCGGCUCAACCGCCAAUCAGCUCAAUGAACCCUAUUGUUUAUACAUCGAUAGUAACGAUAUUCUAUACGUUUGUGAUUAUUUGAACCAUCGCAUUCAAAAAUGGUUGCCGAAUGCUACAAAUGGUACGACAAUUGCCGGAAGCAGUACUGGUCUACUUGGUUCGUCGUCUCUUCUAUUAUACCAACCUUUUGAUUUAACAUUUGAUGUCAAUGGAUACUUAUAUGUGGCUGAUUCUGGAAAUGCUCGUGUGCAACGCUUUCCACCGAAUUCACUCAAUGGGACGUCUGUUGCUGGCACAGGUUUUUUAUCGAGCGCAUUGAAUGGAUUGAACCAUCCAACAGCCAUUAUAGUUGAUAAUAAUCUGAACCUUUUUGUUCUUGAUGAAGGAAAUACACGAUUGAUGAAAUGGUUACCGAAUGCAACCAAUGGUUCAGUUAUGAUUGAUGCCAAUGAUUUAAAUUCUGUUUUCGAUUUCGUAUUCGCACCGGGGUCAUCGAACCAAGUUUAUUUAUCCGACAAUGGUGCAAGUAAAGUUCGUUUAUGGACAUUCAGUUCGUCCACUGAAGAUGGAUAUCUUCAAAUAGUCAAUGCGUCAACAACAACUAUUACUAGUCCGAGGGGGUUAGCUUAUGAUCCUUAUGGAAAUCUGUAUGUUGCUGAUACACUAAAUGAUCGGAUAGUGAUGUUUUGUGGAAAUUCAACUGUUGGUACUGUUGUUGCUAAAUAUACUACUGGCGUGCCGACGGUUUCCGGGCCAAGUGGUGUUGCAUUCGAUUCUAAUCUAAACUUGUAUGUCUCCAACUUAUAUAGUGACAAUGUUGUCGCAUUUGCUCGUUUGUAA